AUGUUGCUAGUGGAUCGUGUAAACGGUAAUACCACCACCAUCACCAACACCACCACCGCUGAUUCAACUUCAUCUCGUCACAGCGAUAGCUUGUUGGAGGAAACUGAAGAUAAUCUUGGCAGUCUCAAUAUUAAACAGAGUACCGACACUACAAAUACAAUAGCUAAAACAUCUAUUUGCAAGACCACUUCGAACCUGCCCCAAAACCCUACAAAGAGCAGUUUAAGUUCUAUCAGGAAAAGUAAAUUCAACAUUCAAGGGUUGUUUAGAAAGUUGCCAGUUUUAACUUCACCUUCUUAUAAUGCACCACUACAACGCGAUGAAUCUUCGCCAAAUGCAUAUACAACUCCACACAAGAGUGACAAUGAUACCACUCAAACAACAACGGCGUAUGAAAGGUCUUCUAUUGCAAAUAUUUGUAAUGACAUGAACCACAUCACUAUUGUCCAAAGCGUCGAAGAAGAAUUCGAUAGUAUUAUCUAUGAAGACAAGGAUGUAAUUGAAGAUAUUAUAGAAGAACCCGAAGCCGAGGCAGAAGCGGAAGCAGAGACAAGGCCACAUGUACGAACAGAAGAGGGAGAUGAAAACUUUGCUGAUUCUUCUUUCUCCUCAGCUAAUCCAACCUCAUUUUCUUUUUCAUCGCGAAGUAUACCUCCGCUAGAUAAAACCAGUUUCUUUUCGUCAUCGCAGAGUUAUUUCUCGAAUCAUUAUACCACGAUGAUCAACGACCAAGAAAGAUAUACGUCGUUCACUGCUGACUGUGUUUCUUUGCAAAACAGUGAAAUGAGCGCUGGUAACAUUGAUUCUAAUACAGAAAUUAUAGUUGUUGAUUCAUCUUUGGAAAUGCUUAGAGAACCACCACCACCACCACCAUUAUCCUUAUCAUCAUCAUCACCACUACAACUACAAUUACAACUGCAACUACAGCAACCACAAAACCCAAACCCAGCAGCAUUUCAAAGCUUGAGAAAGUCACUCUCCAAAAAAUACAAGAGACGCCAAUCACUGCAACAAGUUGAAGAAAAGGUGAAGGAAAAGGAAAAAGAAAAAGAAAAUGAAGAAGCGUCCUUGCCAAUAUCUGUAUCUACACCCUCAUCAACUCCUUUGGCAAGACCAAAUCCACCCCGAAGAAACUUGCGAAGUCUUUUGAGAAUAGCAAGUUUUUCAGGAAUUCACAAUAUUCAAUCAACGAACCCACACAAGGAAAGACAGUCUCUUAUCAAUAAAGAAGAACAAGAAGAACAGUUUCCAGAACCAGAUGAUUAUGAGGAUUAUUCAGAAUCAGAAUCAGAGUUGAACUUUGACCCAAAACAAGAAGAAAGCAGUCAUGAUUAUAGAAUUGGGGGAUAUCAUCCAGUAUGCAAAGGCGACGUAUAUUAUAGCAAGAGACUACUAAACCGGGAGUAUGUGAUUAUUAGAAAAUUAGGAUGGGGCCAUUUUUCCACAGUUUGGCUUGCCAAAUCUAGAUUAUCAACAGAUAGUAUUCAUGAAGAUAUUAGCGAUUUAAAGUUUGACACAAAUGAAUACUACGUGGCUAUUAAGUUUGUCAAGUCAAACAGGAAUUACAAGGAAGCAGCAAGAGACGAGAUUCGGAUCAUGCAAACUCUUAGUGAUCCUUUGAAUAAUUCUGAUCAUUUAUCUGAAAAACAUUUGCAAUAUUUUAACAAGUUCAAGUCUCCUGAGGACCAUCCGGGUUAUAAACAUGUUAUGCAACUAUUGGAUGAUUUUGAAAUAUCUGGCCCAAAUGGGAACCAUGUCUGCAUGGUUUUUGAAAUUCUAGGUGAGAAUGUCCUUAAUUUGAUUUACAAGUAUAAGAAGCUCUAUAAGAAUGUGAACCAGGAGAUUAAGAAGAAACUAGAGCUUGAAGAAGAGAUACAACAGUCACAAUCACAACCACAAUUACAACCACAAUUACAACCACAAUCACAACCACAAUCACAACCACAAUCACAACCACAAUCACAACCACAAUCACAACCACAAUCACAACCACAAUCACAACCACAAUCACAACCACAACCACAACUACAACUACAACCACAACUACAAUCACAACAACAGCAACAGAAUAUCAAAUUUGGUAAAUGGGAUACCCGCAAUCUCAAGAAAAAUACGAAAUCAAUGCUAAGUCUAGGUUUGGCCAAAAAGGUUGAACAAGUGGACACCACAAUCUGUAACAGCAGUGGUAGCAGUAACAACAACAGCAACAACAAUAGCAGCAACACCAAUGCAACUAGUAAUUUUUCCCAGCCUUCAAAUUCUUCAACUACGUCCUCAACAUCAUCAACAGUGUCACCCGCAGAGCCCAUAAUGGAAUCUACGGGUGACCUUGAAUCAACAACAACUGUUGGCUCAUGGGAAAACUCAAUUGAUAGAAAAUUAAAACAAAUGAAUUCAGACUCGUUGGUCAAGAUUAUAGAAACUUCGAAAAAUUGCGGAGGCAUUCCUCUAUAUUUGGCUAAGCAAAUUGUUAAACAGAUGUUGUUGGCACUAGACUAUAUACAUCACUGUGGAAUAAUACAUACAGAUUUGAAACCAGAAAACAUUUUAAUUGACAUAGAAGAUAUUAGUAAGAUUAUCAAAUUAAUUGAAAAUGAAAAAUUGCAGAAAUAUAGGACCAACUCAGUUAGCAGAGCAGCGUCUCUUAUUAAGAUGAACAACAACAAUGCUUCUAAGCCUCAAUUAUAUACGAGAAACCUGUCAGUAACCAUUCAACAAUUCCCACAACAACUGCCAUCCUCACAGCAGCAGCAGCAGCAGCAGCAACAACAACAACAACAACAACAACAAUAUAUUGUUCCACCACAGCCUCAACCACUACAACAAAAUCAUCGACGUGCGUCGUCACUGGCUUCUGUUACAUCAUCAAACAGUUUCUACUAUCGUAAACUGAAAAACUCCAUUGCGGGUAAAUAUGAAUCUCCCAUUCGUUGUUCAAAGCCACUUUCCUUAUCAUUUUCUCAGGAUGUUUUUUUCAGAGAUGUUGAUUUUGACCGGACCAAAAAAUCAACCAUUUCAAAAACUCUUAGCCCAAGGUAUUUCACUCUUGUGGAUAAAAAGCAAGCAGCCAUGGGACCAGAGGUUAUUUUGAAUCCAAGUGCAAAAUUGAAUAUCAAGAUCGCAGACUUGGGUAAUGCAACUUAUACUAAUCAUCAUUUUACGAAUCAGAUCCAAACUCGUCAAUAUAGGUCACCAGAAAUAAUUCUCAGGUACAAGUCAUGGGGCUCGUCUACUGAUAUUUGGUCACUUGGAUGUAUCAUUUUUGAAUUGAUUACUGGCGAUUUCCUAUUUGAUCCUCACGAAGGAGAUGACAAGAGCGGAUUUGAUAAAGACGAGGAUCAUCUUGCACAAAUUGUGGAACUUUUAGACUCGUUCCCAACAGAUGAGUAUCUUGUUGAUUGUAAACUUACAGGUAAGUUUUUCAAGCUAUCAUCAAGGGACAGAGAUUCAAGUAAAGUGAUUUUCAAAAAUAUUGAUAAUUUGAAAAUUUGGAGAUUAAAAGACGUUCUUAUCGAAAAAUAUAAAUUUAGUUGUGAUGAUCCCGAGGUGGAUUUGGUUUGUGAUUUGAUAUUGAAAUGUUUGAAAUUUGAAUUAAACGAGAGAUAUGACGCACUGAGUUUAUUGAAACAUCCAUGGUUCAAUGAAGAGACAAAUGGCACAGCAGCAGUAGUUGCAAACGAACUGGAUUCACUAAAAAUGGGUAAUUAUCAUGACGAUUUACCGGGAUUUACUUGUGAAGAAUAA